GAGACGUGGCAAAAAAAACCUUUCCGGAAGAAAAUGUUCCUCAAACAUGAAGCUAAAUAACUAGAGACACUUUACAGUAGACCGCAGAGAACGGAAAGACUGACUCGUGGUGACUUCUUAAAUUGUGACAGGCAGACCAUGGGUCUGUGUAAGUGUCCGAAGAGGAAGGUGACGAACCUGUUCUGCUUCGAGCAUCGUGUCAAUGUGUGUGAACACUGCCUGGUGUCCAAUCACAGCAAGUGUAUUGUGCAAUCCUACCUGCAGUGGCUCCAGGACAGUGAUUACAAUCCUAACUGUACUCUGUGUAAUCAGCCUCUUAAUUCCCAGGACACUGUGAGAUUAGUGUGCUAUGACCUCUUUCACUGGUCCUGCCUAAAUGAACUGGCCUCACGCCUGCCCCUGUACACAGCGCCAGCGGGUUACCAGUGCCCGACAUGCCAGGGACCCAUUUUUCCUCCCAUCAACCUUGCCAGCCCUGUGGCGGACAUGCUAAGGGGGCAACUGUCCUCAGUUAACUGGGCACGAGCGGGACUGGGCCUUCCACUGGUAGAAGACCAGUCUGAGGUUGAAGAAAGCAGAACGCACGAUGUGACUGAUUAUACAGACUGGACCUUUGACGCACCUUGUGCUGAAUCGUCCAUUUCUGCCCCGUCACUCUCUUAUACCCAAGAGCCAUCGGUCACUCCGGCAUGUUCACACCAGGACGUGGGGCACGGGCACAGCCACGGGCACGGGCACGGGCACAGCCACGGGCACGGGCACAGCCACAGCGUACACAAUAACGGAGGUUUGGGCGUACAGGAGAACUCGGUCAUCGACAUGAUUACAGCCACUGCACCAGACACCAUCGUCAUCAGCAAGGCUUCUUCACCUAGAAAGGUUUAUGAUACACGAGAAUCAGGACACACUUCAGUCACGCAGAUCGACUUUGACGAAGAUAAGUACCGGCGGAGGCCAGCGCUCAGCUGGUUUGCACAAAUCCUUAAGAACCGCUUGGGCCCUAAGAGAAAGACGUUCACGCUAAAGCAGAGGAUCUUCAUGUUCCUUCUCCUGGGAGUGAUCGGCUUCUUUACCCUCAUCAUCAUUAUGGCCAAGUUGGGUCGGGCUUCUGCUGACGAAGACCCCAACCUGGACCCCAUGCUUAACCCUAACAUCAGAGUGGGCAACAUGUGAACAGAGUGCCGCUCCUGUAGAAGAAAACAAGCAGGAAGUGCAGCGCUACUGGCCUGGGACCAACACGUAAAUGCUUAUCGUCGUCGUAGGAAUGAUGAUAAUCCAGUCAGUUUUCUUCCUGUUGAAAAAUCCCCGCUCCAUUAGUUUUCUGAAGUGUUUGUUUUUUUUUAAUUAACAUCUAUAAGGAUAGUCCUGGAUCGUAUCAAUAUAUUUAACACAUUGCGUUCAUCGGAUAUGUGUCUGUCUUUGGAGCAUUCUGAGAAGGCAAUAUUUUUAGUUUAGUUGUAUUGGAUACCCGAGCUGUCAUUUGCAGCUCCAAAUAGAAAAGAGUGAAAAGUGAAAACAAAAAGGUGUGUGUGUAAAUAUAUACAAUCAUUAAUAUGGUUUAUCCCCUGUUUUUGAAUGAAGUGUGGGUUACAUGGCUGAGAGCCAUGUCCUGCCUAAAUAACCUGGUUAAACAUGUCCAAUCUGUAUAAUCUUAAAUAUACUGUAUUUUAAUUUUAAUUUAAACACAAUCAACAAAAUGGUUCGCUUGUUUUUUUUUUGUUUUUUUUUUUGCUGUUUGAAUUUUCUUUGUUUAUCAGAUCACGCUUUACAUUAAGGUUCUUUUAAUACCGUUAUUAACACAAGGAAAGCAUGACUCUCGUAUAGUCGAUUCUUAUUUUUUUCUUCUUCUUCUUUUUUUUUAAAUAAAUGAUAAAAGCUUAAUAAUGCCAGCAUUAACCAAUGUAAAUAUCAUCAAUAUGUUAAAUUAAAGCCCAUAAUAAAGAACAAUUAUUAACUGAAAAAAAAAAGUACAUAUGACGGGUGUUCAAGUCAAACUGGGACCUUUGAUUGCGCAGAAUAACUCCCUUUAUUUCUUUAAUAUAAUUCCUUGUACACUAAUGCACUUAUCCCAGGGUUUCACUAGAGCUUGGAUACCAUCGAGGUAGAAAGUUUUUAGUUUAGUGCACUGGAGCCAUUAUGAUGCUGGCCUCCCAAGAACUCCUUUAAGGUCAGGAGGUCAGGACUGGACAGCGGCUGUGGCAAUAACUCAAGCCGAGUUCGUAGAUUAAUGUGUGUACAGGGUUCUCGCAGACUUUCCUGCAAGUUCUAAAUGUUCCACAGCCGGGAUAGGCAUUUCUCUUUAAAACGUUUUUCACCAGUUCAAUGUUUUAUCACGGCUAAGAGUCUCAUCACCGUACUGCGCUUGGAGUCUUAUGUAAAUGUUACACAUUCAUAUAUGAGACGGUUCAUCGCCAGUCCCGGAUUGACUUGAACACACGUAGUACUUUCAAUAGUUAAUCCAAGAGACUAUUAGGCGUUGCACUGUAAAUUUAUUUAUUAUUUUUUUUUGCUCUUUCUGUGAUUUGUAGUCUGAAUUAAAAAAGGCAAUGCGGGUGUAUCAUAAUUUUGUUGUAUAAGGAAUAAAACAAUUUAGGGUCA